AAUCUUCACAGGUCUUUAUUCUCUGAAGAGAGUACUCAGAGCCACCAGGUAGGAGUUGUGUCGACUACAAAUUUUUCCUUUGUUCCCAGUGAUGCCUGGAAAGAUGGCUCUGUGGAUCCCCAGAGGCCUCUGGACAGCAGCUGUGAUGAUGAUCUUGGUGGUGCUGAGCAUCCCUGUGGCUGAGGGCAGAGACUCUCCACAGGAUUUCGUGUACCAGUUUAAGGGCGAGUGCUACUUCACCAACGGGACGGAGCGGGUGCGGCACGUGACCAGACACAUCUAUAACCGGGAGGAGUUCGCGCGCUUCGACAGCGACGUGGGGGAGUACCUGGCGGUGACCGAGCUGGGGCGGCCGGACGCUCAGUACUGGAACAGCCAGAAGGACAUUGUGGAGCGGACGCGGGCCGAGGUGGACACCGUGUGCAGACACAACUACGAGAUUGACGAGAGAAUUAUCCUGCAACAGCGAGUGGAACCUACAGUGACCAUCUCCCCAUCCAGGACGGAGGUUCUGAACCACCACAACAUGCUGGUCUGCUCGGUGACAGAUUUCUACCCAGGCCAGAUCAAAGUUCGGUGGUUUCGGAAUGACCAGGAGGAGACAGCUGGUGUGGUGUCCACUCCACUUAUUAGGAAUGGGGACUGGACCUUCCAGAUCCUUGUCAUGCUGGAAAUGACUCCCCAGCGAAGAGAUGUCUACACCUGCCAUGUGGAACACCCCAGCCUCCAGAGCCCCAUCACAGUGGAAUGGCGAGCACAGUCGGAAUCUGCCCAGAGCAAGAUGCUGAGUGGCAUCGGAGGCUUUGUGCUGGGGCUGAUCUUCCUCGGUCUGGGCCUUAUCAUCCGUCACAGGAGCCAGAAAGGACCUCUUGGGUCUCCGCCAACAGGUACUAGUUCUGCUCUGAUUCGGUGGUGGUGUGGGCACCGGUGAAAGAAGGCAGAGCAUGAGGGCUCCUGCGCUGACGCCCGAGGAUACAUGGGAUUCUGCCUUCUCUAAUGUCUGCCUGUCCUUGCCCAGAAUUCCCAGCUACAGACCUUUUUUCCCCACAUGGAUCAGAGUCCUACAGUGCCUCUGUCACCAGGUCACCUCCUGUGACCCCUGCCCUGAGGUGCUACUUCCUUCGGGGGCUUCAGAGCCUCUGCCUAUGAGCUCCCUGCCAGCAACAUUUACUCCCGCCCCAAGGGUUUUUCUGUUUCCAUUCUUCCUUCUCAGGUGGUGCAAGAGGAGCACAUUGAAGCCAUUUAGCUGAAUGUAGAGAUUUUACAGUGAUUAAACAUGAUUAUGAGUUCUCUGUA